CAACAUAACCCGGGAACUCCAUUGCAAUUGUCUAAGACGAUAAAAACCCUAGCCUCUUCUUCCCUGGGAUUUCUCUGAGCACAACACAGGGAGAGAGGAGCACAACACAGGGAGAGAGGCACAGCUAGAGAGCCAGAGAUACUCAUUCGUCGUCACCAUGGGUCGCAUGCACAGUCGAGGUAAGGGUAUUUCGGCUUCUGCUCUCCCUUACAAGAGGACACCACCAAGCUGGCUGAAGAUCUCUUAUCAGGAUGUCGAGGAGAACAUCUGCAAAUUUGCCAAGAAGGGUCUGACCCCAUCUCAAAUUGGUGUUAUUCUUCGGGAUUCUCAUGGGAUUGCUCAGGUGAAGACUGUUACUGGAAGCAAGAUUUUGCGUAUAUUGAAGGCCCAUGGACUUGCUCCUGAAAUUCCGGAGGAUCUGUACCACCUCAUAAAGAAAGCAGUCUCGAUCCGCAAGCAUUUGGAGAGGAAUAGGAAGGACAAAGAUUCCAAGUUUAGGUUGAUUUUGGUUGAGAGCAGGAUCCAUCGCCUAGCUCGCUACUACAAGAAGACAAAGAAGCUGCCACCUGUAUGGAAAUAUGAAUCUACCACAGCCAGCACUCUUGUGGCUUAGGAAAAAUGUUGGUUGGAAAAGGUUUGGAUGCUCCCAUGGAUGUGUUCUUGGACGAGGGACUUUCAGUUUGCAAUGUUUUUUUUUGGUUUUCCAGAUUUCAAUUCAAAGAACUUUGUCAGGAUAAAUGUUAUGGUGGAACAAUUUGGCAGUCGAGUGCAUUUGAUUAAUGUC